AUCUUGUUUGUAAAGAGUUAGUAUUUGGUCAUUCAAAGAAAGUGUUUUUUGAGAAUAUUCAAAAAAUUGCUAAAGAAGUUCAGGAAUAUAAUAUUAGAGCUCAUGUAUCACAAAAAUGUGGUAGUAUUAAAGAACAAGUUAUAUGUUUGAUUAAUUUGGCAACUGAUCCUGUUGUUCUUGGCAUUAUGUGGAUUGAAUAG